AUGUUGGGCUCAAUUGCAUAUACGCCAUACUUCGUACUAUUGCUUUUAUCUACUACUGUCGAUGCUUGGUAUGAUCCACCCACUAUUUUAUCGUAUGAAAAAGGAUUGUCCUGUAGUCGCGUCGAAAGAUCAUCAAAGUUGGAAGAUGCUUAUAUUACGUUCCAUGUUGAUCUCAUGAUUGCUGAUCUCAAGAUUCCUGGCUUGAUUUUUCAUUAUCCUGAUAUUGUAAAUUUCUCCUCAAUUCCAACCAUUGAGGAAGUUAAUCAAUUAUAUCCUAAAGAGAAGAAAAGGUUGUACAAAAGACUGUUAACCGAAGAUGGGAAAUUUAAUUUAGAAGCUGCAGAAGGAUACACAGUGGACGAACUGAAGUUGUGGACGGGUAUAGUUGACAAGGAUACGAAGUUCAAUAUUCCACAAUCAGGUAUCUACUGCGCCUAUAUUGCCCCAGACAACAAAAAUCAAGCUAAUUUCAACUUACCAAUUGUUUUCAAAAAUCACUACGGAAGUUUAUCUCUCCGCAACUAUGUUUUUUAUUCGCAAUUAAAGUUUUUAGUGCCAAUUUCGGUUGUCAUAUUUGUUGCUUUGCACCGUUUUAUCAAAGUUGGAAAAGGAUCUACAACUAGAAACUCGAUUUCAUUCAUAUCGAAUCAAGUAAUAUUUGCUAUAUUGGUACCAUUUACCGUGCUCCAUUUCUACACAUUGAUCGUUUACUGGAUCAAAAAUAACUUUUAUGACUCCAGCCAAAAUACGUAUAUCACUUGCAUCUUAUAUACAACUGCCCAAUUAGCCGAUAGUGCUUUCAAUUCUUUUACGUCUUAUGCUAUUGUAUUAUUUGCGAUGGGAUAUGGUACCAUAUACUACCAUAGCGAGAAAACAGGUCAGUAUAGAUUAUUCCCACAGGGGUCCUUAAUAAAUUUGAACUUAUUCUUGGCUGGUGAUAUCGUCCUUUCUUACUUUACUGAAAUACAUUCGCAACGGCAUUCGAGGUCAUAUGGUGACGACUUUAACGGCAAAACUACGAUAAUUCAGAUAAGUUUUGUUUCAAUCAUUAUCCGUAUAGUAUCAAUAUUUAUCGAUUUCGUUUGGCUCAUACUUCCCUUUACGUUUUAUUUUCGAACCAAAAAGGAUAUUGCGACAUCUCCUCCAAUUACGCCAGAUGCAAAAGAUAAUGAUAAAGUCUUGUCAUCAUGUAAAAAAACAUUUAUCGUGAUUUUCCUUUCAACAAUAAUAAAAGCUAUGUCUUUUGCUGUUAUUUCGUUGUUGGUGGCACUCAUAGGAGGGUAUAAUCUACCUCUGUUCCCUGAAGAUACUGAUCGUGGUUUGGUGUACCAAUCUGCAUUAAGAGUAAUGAUGGAUGAACAAGAAUCCCCUCUACGUUGGGGUAAAAUUUGGUUACGGUGGAUCCAACUCCUCGUUUUAGUAGUUUCUAUAUCUUCAUUUUGGUCAGAGAUUAGAUUAUACUAG